AACACCACUGGGAGAGACAAAGAGACCUCCGCCCCAGCGGUGCCGGGCGCGGGGCUCCGGGGCUCAUUUCUCUGGCUGCCAGGCAAUGGCCAGCUCUCCUCGUGCUUCCCCUCUCAGGAGUACUGCUGUCUCCAUCUGACCGCCCUCUGUCCCCUCCGUCCCCUUCCCGUUCCGGGCUCUCCUUUUGCUCCCAGCCAACCCUAGCUCCAGUCUGUCUGUCUGUCUGGCCUGGCGCGCAACCUCCGGCCACCGGCUUGGAUGGACGCGUGGAGGCUGCUCAGGGGUCCAGGGGUCUUGCUUCCAAAGUUGGUUCUGCUCUUUAUCUAUGCAGAUGACUGUCUUGCUCAGUGUGGCAAAGACUGCAGGUCUUACUGCUGCGAUGGGACCACACCCUACUGUUGCUCCUACUACGCCUAUAUCGGGAAUAUCCUCUCGGGCACAGCGAUUGCUGGCAUCGUGUUUGGAAUCGUAUUUAUCAUGGGGGUCAUUGCUGGAAUCGCCAUAUGUAUCUGCAUGUGUAUGAAAAACAACCGUGGGCCCCGGGUGGGAGUCAUCAGCACUGCACACAUCAAUGCCAUCGCGUCCUAUCCUGUGGCACCACCCCCCUACAGUUAUGACCACGAGAUGGAAUACCGUGCAGAACGGCCUCCCCCCUACUCCCCGACCCCACCGGCUUCCACACAGAGGUCGCCACCCCCUCCUUAUCCUGGACACGCAAGGAAAUAAUCCUUCUCCUCCCAGAACAGAAUAUGUGCCAGCCACAAAUCUUGCCCAGAAUCAAAUGCCUCUGCUCAGAAACAGACAGGAAAGCAUUGCUGGAAGGAAUCGUCUUUUGGGUCAAACAAUGUGUCAAGUGGAAUGUCCAGGCUAAGAGACGCAGAGUUUUUAACCUUUCUCAGAGCUGACCCCACCUGGAGUAUUAUGUGUGGUUCACUGGAACCACAUUUAAAGAGACCUACUAAUUGAUGUAAGCACAUGCAGAGGAGAGUAAUGAAGACAGAUAAAAUAUCUGAAAGGGUUGUUGCAGUACUGGUUCUGGAAAAGAGAAGGUUUCUGUGAUACAGGGAAAUAGCCUGGACCACCCGAAUAAACCAUGUAUUCUGUAUUCCAUGUAGCUUUAAGAGUCAGAACUAGAAUUGUGUAUUCUUUCUUUCAUCAAUAAAUGCUGAUCAAGUGCUUGAGAACCUACUCUGUGCCUUAUACCACUGGAAGCACUGGAUGGAAGUUAUGGGGACUUUAGUUUCAGUGUCAGAAAGGGCGAUUGGAGCUCUCGGGAAGCUCCCCGUUACCCAUACUUCAGGCAGGACCUGGCUGACUGUCUGUCACAGACACGCUCCAGAAGGGACCGCCAAAUUAAACGGUUGAAGGGCCCAGUGGACCUCAGAAGUUCUGCUCAUGUUUUAUGUAGAUACGGAGUAAAUUUCUAUGCCUCCAAAGAUGGAAACUUCUACAAUAGUUCAAUCGCGUCUAUUUACUUUGAAAGUUAAAGCAGAAUCAAAGGGAUUCAAAGUUGCUCAAAACCAAGAAAUCUUCAAGGGAUAGUGACUGCCACCUAAAAGUCAUCUGACUUUACUCCUUGUAUUAUGACAAAGAUUAUGCCAACGGUGAAAACAAGUAUCAAGUUCCACAAGCAACAAAUUCUUCAUUUCAAACUAAAAUAUUAGAUGCCAAAUAAUUCCAUUUUUUCUACAGGAAGUAAAAUCUCAGAACUCGAUCAUGAAAAUAUUACAAGUUUACAAAAAGAAGAGGGAAAGAGGGAAAAUGAAGUUUGGAUUCUGUUCUAUGGAAUUCUUUUCAUCGGUAGCUUAGAAAAAUUUCUGUUUCUCUUUCAUAUAUUUUGAUAAUCUCGUCCCUUGGAAAAGUUACACAUUUAUGGAAAGGUUAAGAUAUCAACAUUAAAUCGUGUCUUUUGCCAAAAUCUAAAUGUUAUAAAGUGCCUAUCUUUGUGUGUAAAAGUUAUUAAUAAAUAAAUCUAACAUGCCAUGUUCUUCUGCAAGUGACCUUAACAUUUAUGUUGGAUCUUUCAUGUACUUAAAAUUUACACUGAGAAAAUAUUGGGAAGAGAUGAGUCAUUUUUUGUAUCACUUUGCAACUAAUCUAAAAUGUUUACGCCAACACCAUCAUCAUAAUUCUGUGAAAUCCCCAAACAAUACUAUGAAUUUUGCUGGAUAAAACAAAAGAAAUACCCUAAGGUAUAAACUAUAGUUCUCUCCUUAUAGCUAGGAAAUUUAGUAGCUAAUACAAGUAGCAUAUUUUACUUACAAAUACACUGAUCUGACGGAAAUACAGUUUGACUGCCAGUGAGAUCUAAACGCUAGAUUUGUUUUGAGGGACUUGCUUGGUUUUUAGAUACUGAUCAUUUUCUUACUUAUGAAGAUGCAGUGCAUUCAAGAGCUCCAGCCUAUUCCAGUGACCGUGAUUUUAGCACAAAUGUAACAGUACCUAUGCUUUAAUUUAUCUUCCUUCCGCAAGUGUGAUCGGCCCCGUCCACACUGCAACUGUGCAGCUCCAAGUGCCAGGGUCCCUAUGACUUUCAGAAUUUUGGCUGCAGUGCACCAUAUAUUUCUUAAGAAAAACAGAGAGGAAAAGACCAGUGGAAAUUGAAUUCUCAUCAUCUUCACCAUCGAUAAACAUUUAUUACAUACCUCUUACAUUCUGCAAACAUUACCCACAUAGGAGCCAUUUCAGUUCACACCAUCUCUCUUUUCUGGGUUGUUUUAAGGCCUCCUGGAAGAUAUAUCACAAACCCAUAGACCUACAGUAGAUGACCAUUUUUAUUAUCUGUACUUAGUGACACAAUAGCAUAGAUGUGCACAUUGCCAGUAUACAUUUUCGGAGUUCACUGAUUAUUUUCAUUGAUGCUACAUCUUGGGGGGACGGGAGAUAGUAUAUGAUGUGAAACCUUUGAACGAUGGUUAUUUAAAAACCAAUGUAUUUGCUGAGGCCAACAUGUUUACAAUAAGCAAUAAAAGGAAAGAACCCAUUUUAGCGAGG